AUGAAAAUAUGUGAGAGCAAACUGCCGAUAAUCCCAAUUGAGGACUCUAAGCAUUAUUCGUGCAGUGAAGAAAAUGACACCAUUAAUCUGGAAAACAAUUCGAAUGAUAUAAAUAGUUAUCAAAAUUUCUUGAUUGGAAGUUCACCAAACAACGCGACAGAAAAACGCAGAGACAAAAAUAUGCAUUCGUUAAUAAAGAAGGAAAAAGGCACAAAUAAAAUGAACAGCAAGGUUGGUAGCAAUGUUGGCAGUAACACUUAUGGUAACAUAGGCACUAAUGUUCGUAGCACGAUUCGCAGUAAUAAUGAUAUAGGCUUGAAUUUGAUAAAAAGGAAGAAGGGGGUUAUGAGAAAAGACCCCUAUGGAAGUACGCACCUAGUUCUUGGGAAUUUAAAGAGCGGGAGAAAAUUAAAAAGAAAGUUACUAUGGAACAAUUAUUAUGGAGAUCAAAAUACAAAUGUAUCUGAAUUGUCGUACAUAAAAGAUUUUGAAAAUAAUUCCUUUAUGCAUGACAAUAACCAUCAUAUGAUUUUAUAUGAAAAUAAAUAUAGAGAUUAUAAUGCCAUAAAUAACAGAGAAAGUCGUAGUGAAAAAAUUCGUAAUUUUUUUGUGUAUUCCCCAGAUAUUAUUCAAAGAUGGCUAAGAGUUAUAUUUAAUAUUAUAAUAACAUCAUUAAUAGUAACUUUGAUAUAUUUUAUAUUCGUAUCCGUUCGAGAAGAUAUAAAUAAAAAGGUAGCAAUUCAAGUACAAAAUGUAAAGGAAGAAUCAGACUCUUGUAAGAAACAAUAUUAUGCACAUAAAUGUGGUAAAGUCAAUUUACCUAUAUUAAAUGAAAAGUGUGAAGAGUGGUUAAAAUGCAUGAAAACAGAUCAUAAAUUAUAUCAAGACGUUUCUUUUUUAUCAGCUCAAAUGUUAGGACAAAUUAUUAAUGCAUUUAUUGUUCAAUUUGAAUGGAAAAGCAUUUGUGUAAUUGCAUUUAUAUUUCUUCUUAUUUUUAUUGGUAGUAAUUAUGCCUUAUCUAUUGGAGGUGGUGGAACCAGAUCAAGUGCAAACGAGUAUAAUAUAUACAAUCCAUAUAUGAAUAAUCACCAUCUUCCAAAUAAUAAUAUACCACUUUUCCCCUAUUAUAAUUAUUAUCCAUUCAUACCACAAGCUGUGAAUUAUAAUAGUUCAAGUAAUAACGCAGAUCCCCCAAUGAUGAAUAUCCCUUUCACACAAAAUAAGUUUUAUCAAAACGGUAGUUUUAGUAGACCCAUUCCCCCUUCAAAUUACAACUACUUCAAUCAUUAUAUGAACAACAAUGAGAACAAUGCUUCUACUCAAUCAACCUCGAGAAAUAAAGAUUACUCGGAUGCUUAUAGUACAUCUAAGGAUGACACGAAGCGUGGAUCCCAAAAAUUGGGAUUCUUAAAAUAUCUAACUCCAGGUUUCAAGUAG